CCUCCUCCUCCCGCCGGCCUCCGCUUCCUCGAAUCCAAGAUGGCGGGAUCCAGGCAGAGGGGUCCCCAGGCCAGAGUUCGGCCUCUUUUCUGCGCCCUACUGCUGUCGCUUAGUCGCUUCGCCGGGAGCGACGGCAUGGGAGGCGACCCUGCGGCUACUGGUGCCGCGGGCACCGCGGCCGGGUCGCCACACCGGCGUUUCGAGUACAAAUACAGCUUCAAGGGACCGCACCUGGUGCAGAGCGACGGGACAGUGCCCUUCUGGGCCCACGCGGGGAAUGCUAUUCCAAGUUCAGAUCAAAUUCGAAUAGCACCAUCUUUAAAAAGCCAAAGAGGAUCAGUGUGGACAAAGACGAAAGCAGCCUUUGAGAACUGGGAAGUUGAGGUGACAUUUCGAGUGACUGGAAGAGGUCGAAUUGGAGCUGAUGGCCUGGCAAUUUGGUAUACAGAAAAUCAAGGCUUGGAGGGUCCUGUGUUUGGAUCAGCUGAUAUGUGGAAUGGUGUUGGAAUAUUUUUUGAUUCUUUCGACAAUGAUGGAAAGAAAAAUAAUCCUGCUAUAGUAAUUAUAGGCAACAAUGGACAAAUCCAUUAUGACCAUCAAAACGAUGGUGCUAGUCAAGCUUUAGCAAGUUGCCAGAGGGACUUUCGUAAUAAGCCCUAUCCUGUCCGGGCAAAGAUUACGUAUUACCAGAAAACACUGAUGGUAAUGAUCAAUAAUGGCUUCACACCAGAUAAAAAUGACUAUGAAUUUUGCGCCAGAGCGGACAAUCUGGCGCUCCCUUCUCAAGGGCAUUUUGGAGUAUCCGCUGCAACUGGAGGUCUUGCAGAUGACCAUGAUGUCCUUUCUUUUCUGACCUUCCAGCUGACCGAGCCUGGGAAAGAGCUGCCUACACCAGAUAAAGAAAUUUCAGAAAAAGAAAAAGAAAAGUAUCAGGAGGAAUUUGAGCACUUUCAACAAGAAUUGGAUAAAAAAAAGGAGGAAUUCCAGAAGGGCCACCCUGACCUUCAGGGGCAUCCUGCGGAUGAAAUAUUUGAGAGUGUAGGAGACCGCGAGCUGAGACAGAUCUUCGAAGGACAGAAUCGUAUCCAUCUUGAGAUCAAGCAGCUGAACCGACAGUUAGAUAUGAUUCUUGAUGAACAGAGAAGAUACGUCUCUUCGUUGACAGAGGAGAUCGCUAAAAGAGGAGCAGGAAUCCCAGCCCAGCAGGGACAGAUCACCCAGCAAGAGCUGGAUACCGUUGUGAACACUCAGCACGAGAUCCUGAGACAAGUAAACGAAAUGAAGAAUUCCAUGAGUGAAACCGUUAGACUGGUCAGCGGCAUCCAGCAUCCCGGGUCUGCCGCGGGCGUUUAUGAGUCAACCCAGCACUUCAACGACAUCAAAGAGCACCUGCACAUCGUGAAGCGGGACAUAGACAACUUGGUGCAGCGAAACAUGCCAUCAAAUGAAAGACCAAAAUGCCCAGAGCUGCCACCAUUUCCAUCAUGUUUAUCUACGAUGCACUUCGUUAUAUUUGUAGUGGUACAAACGGUGUUAUUCAUUGGUUACAUCAUGUAUAGGACUCAGCAAGAAGCCGCUGCCAAAAAAUUCUUUUGACCACUUUUUUCAUAUGUGUACAUCAUGUAUGUAUAUACAAAAUGUUGUCUUUUUGAGGGAAUUGAAGUAUUUAAAUUGCUUCAUAGUCUAAAUUAUUAAAUUUUGUAUAAAAUGACUGUUUAAACAUUGAUUUGCAGUAAGAAUAAACCUUAAAACAAAGACAACCACAUGUAAAUUUGUGCAUAGUACAUAAAUCUAUUUAAAUUUCAGUGAAUUUCUGGCCAGUAGAAUACAGCCACUGAACAGAAUAUUGAUAAAUAAGAUGGUAAAUAAUAGAAACUAGGGGCAGCCCCAAGAUGUGAAAUUUACCCCUUAGUCUCCAGUGUUGGAGGUUUCUUUAUUUAACAUAAAUACACUUGCCUUCCUAACCCCCAAACUAUGUGGUAUAACUUAGAGCUCCCCAUCACGUUUAUCUUACAACCAGAGUCUUUUGUUAGAGGUCAGAGUUUCCUACUCUGAGACCCAGUCCAGCAGUCCUUUUAUCCAAUGCAGUUCCCUUUGAAAUCAAAGAAUAUUUUGUCUGAGAGCUUUAGGACCUAGGUAACAGGCUUCAGAAUGUUGAAAUAUCUUUCCCUCUGAUUAUCAAUGAUACAUUUCACUUUUAAAGGAAAUUUUGGGGGAAAAUUAAUAGCUGCUCUUUGCCUGAAAAACCAUUUAGGUGAAAAUGUUCCUCUGAUCAUGGUUUUCAUGGUUUUGCGUGGUAAUGUGCUCAGCUCAUGCCCACUCAUAUUCGUGAACGUCUCCAUGCCAACAGCAUCAGUUCAACAGUAUGAACAUCAUUUUGGGAUUUAAGUUUGUAACUUAAGGAGCGUUUCCCAUUUUGUAUAGCAUGUAAAUGCAGCCCAGAUUGCACGUCCUGGGGAGAGUUUUAAGUUCACUAAAGAAAACCCCACCACUGAGUUUUGGUUACAUCACUUCAUAUUAAUCUGGUGUCGUUUAAAUCAAGGAGACUGGAGUAGAAGCAGUGUAGACGUUUGAAGACCAAAUUUGAAAAACAGAAUUAACACUUCUGAUUUCUUCUUCUUCUUUUUUUUUUUUUUUUUUAAUGCCAGAACUAAGGAUAUUGUGAAGCACUUGUUAGGAAGCUUAACCUUGAAAUGUCAGACUGCAAGGGGUCGCUGUAGUGUUUGUGCAUACUGGUCCUCAGUGUUACAGAAUCAGUCCGGAAAGGACAUUUGAACAUGCAGACUUCAUGUUUUCACAGCUGAUGUAGACCUGUGUUUUUGCUGACUUCAAAAUACUUUUAUCUCUUUUAGCUAAGUUGUUAUCUUUCAUUUGUCAUAGAACCCAGAGUAAGAAAUUACAGUGUUGUAUAAAACAAUACCAUUUCAUUCUUCUAAACCUUCAUAAAUUUGUUCUCCAACGUCAUUUACAGACUGGGCUAACCGCCUAAAAUCUGUACAGAGACUCUGAGGAACUCUGCAUUGUAGCAGUACCUCCUUCGUACUAUGUACGCAGACAGCCCUAGCGUUGCUUUCCGUGUUAGCGUUGAUCCCGGAAUGCUGAGUAAGAAUGUUCUAAUGACUGCUCGCUCUACUUCAGUCACUUUAACAGAGAAAAUGCUUCUCUGGUGUUUCUCUCCUUUGUGGUAUUCACAUUUUGAAAUUCAUGUUCCAGAGACGCCAUCACAGAAUUUGCUCUUAAUCUGUGGAAAAACAAAACAAAACAAAAAAACCUUCAGAAGAAUAUUUAAGUUGUGGGCUGUGAAAGUUGGGAAAUCCUCUUGAUAAAAGACUGCAAAAUAUCCAGUGUUACGAAAUCCAUUGUCAUGUGUGCCUGAACAGACUAAGGGGACACCCGACGUAUGAAUGCGGUGGACAUUGUUCAGGCUACAGUUGGGAGAGGAAUUGUGCUGACCGUUACUAAUUCAAGCGGAGAGAGCUAUUACGAAAUGCAUGAAUCUUUAUCUUUUUUACCUAGUAAUUUAAUUUACUAGAAGAUCACUCAUAAAGCAGUUCGCACAGGCUGUUCAUUGUAUUAUUUGAAAUUCGGUUUAUUUUCCUCAAAAUCAUUCGCUUUAAGUAGCUCAUUUCUGAAGAAAAAUGUCUGCUCUGUGGAAAAAUCAAUCACUGCCAGGAUUCUUUCAUUUCUGUACUAUUUUGUAUAAUUAAAUUUGUUACCUUCUCUCACACCAGCAAGUAUUUUACCAGGUGCCUUGGACUAAAACAAAAUUGAUUUUAAAAUUUUAAUGUUGAGUCAUCGUGCCUGCGAUGCCACUUUAAAAAAAAAAUCCAAUGCCAUAAUGGCUAAUACUUUUUUUUAAUGUACCUGUUUGUGUUCUAAUUGUUUAAAUGUUUUAUUCAGCUUAAAACUUUACUAAGAAGACACGAACCAUCAACAAUGUUUUGUUCUGUAUUAAAGGGACAUCAGUGUUUCUCAGAGUGUGGUUCAUGGACCGUGUGGGUCAUACUGUGCUUGUGAAGAUUAGGAUUCCGGGCCUCCAUUCUAAAGCACCUGAAUCAAAAUUCAGAGACGGGGCUUCAGAAUAUCACUUUUCAGCAAGCAUGUCAGGUGGUUCUGAGCACAGUAGUGUCUGAGAACCAUUAACAUGGGGAGUGGAAAAAAAGUAUUGUGUGUUCUGUUGGUUUAAAGCUGAGCAGAGAGCACAAUAUAUCAUUUUCAUUGUCGGUGAUGUUAGCACAUGUGCACGGUUCCUUUUCUUCUUGCAGUGUUCUUCCUCCUAAAAUUCUUGGUUUCUUAACAACCACAAACUAAACCCAGAUUGUUGCCUGUAGCUCUUGGUACUUUGGUUGAUGGCUUUUAAGCUUAGAGAAUCAUCGUCAGAUCAUGACUAAGCCAUGAAAACUCCCAUCUCAAAGUCUGCCUGCUAAAGCUUUUUGCUUUCUUGAUUGCGAUUUCUGUGACAUUUUAUCUCAGACAAUUGUACUUUUUUGAUAACUUAGGGAAAACAAAUUACUUGAAUAAGGGAUCGCCUGACCCAAUGAGUUGCAGAGAUACAAUCUUUGUAAAGAACUUAAAUAACAGUUGUGAAUAUUAAGAUGUGAUUAUCUUUUCCUGUCCAUGUGCUUAUUGCAGGGAGAUCGUGAAUAAAUAAUUAUACAGGGGAUUUUUUUAUUUAUAAGAUCUAAUGUAAAAUCACCACUUGCAACUUUUUAGAUCUGUACGUUGCCUAUUUAAUAUAUUUCUUUUAAAGUUAAGGGUUUUCUAUCCACUGUUAAUUUCAAUUGGAUAACAUUUUGUCAAGUGUUUUUUUUCUGAUUGUUAUUUGAUGCUAGCUGGAAUUCAAGAAAUGACAUUGACCUUAUUCAAAUAAAGAAAUAUUUUAGUAAA